UUUGCUGUCUCCCUGUAGUGGGUGUGCUUCAUUCAGAAAAAGAGAGGGGGCAGUCAAGAAAGAGUUGUGUAUCCAUUUUCAUGAAACCCAUUAACAAAACGGCGCUGUUAGUACCUACAGACAGGAACGAAGAGGGAAAGCGUGAAGACAAGAAAGUAUAAUGAGCUAAAGAGUGACAGAGGUAAUCACACCUGAAAUUUACAUGCUGCGGAACAUGGAAUUCAUUCAUCUGUACUACGUAAGAUAGCAAGAUAGACUUAAUGUCAGCACUGUCUUGGUCUAGAGCGCUUUCUGCUGCUGUAAUACUGUGCUUUUAUCUGUGAGACGCCUGAUCCGACUUGGCUGGAGAUCCACAGAGCUGAACUCUAAAUACAGGCUCCUGACUGGAGGACACACCAUGCUACUGCACUGAGCCGGAGGGAGAGAGAAGAGAGAGAAGAGAGAGGCCCCAGAGGACCGCUGAGGUGGUGGCUGGCCUGUUGGUGUGCCCCUCCCCUUUAUCUGGCUGGCUAGCUGCUGCCUCUUCAGUUGACCUGAUCACUCCCCACCCUGAAGGCUAAGGCUUGCUAUGGACUGUGCUUUGCCCCCAGUCCUGCCCAGUACACUACCUUAGUGGGUUCCCCUCCUCUUCCUGUGUGUGGUUCCCAUCCAGACUCACUGUACAGAGUCGAGCACAGAUCUGGUACCACCUACAGCCCCUCCUGGGUUCUUCACCCAAUCCCCUCCCCAACUCCCACCCUCUCCCCCUCCCCUACAAAGAUGUCAGUGAGCCUGACAGCAGACAUCCAGCAGGAGGGAGAGAGUGGGCCAGUCAUUGAGCCCUGCAGUAGAGGCAAGACCUCCCCUCAACCACAGGGCACAAAGGAAGGGACAGGAGAGGGCCUGGAAACUGAGGAUAGCUCCCCACACGAUGCACAGAAACGGGCUCCUAAUCACAGCCAUGGCAGAAAAAGGGCCAAGUCUAAUGCCAAACUGAAGCUGGUACGGAGUCUGGCAGUGUGUGAAGAGUCCUCUGGUCCGUUCUCCAAUGAUGGACUUCCAGAAUCGCAAUGGAAUGUGGUUUUCCAGGAUAUCAUCCAGCUUCACAUCAGCUGCCCAUCAGACAAGGAAGAGGAGAAGUCCUCAAAGGACGAGUAUGAAAAUGAAGAGAAGGAGAAGAAGGACAAGGCUCCGCGAAAGAUGUUAUCACGUGACUCCAGUCAGGAAUAUACAGACUCCACGGGCAUUGAUGUUCAUGAGUUUUUGGUCAACACACUGAAAAACAAUCCCAGGGAUCGUAUGAUGCUGCUCAAACUGGAACUAGAUAUCCUGGAGUUCAUUAAUGACGACAAUAACCAGUACAAGAAGUUUCCUCAGAUGACGUCUUACCACCGUAUGCUGCUGCACCGCGUGGCUGCCUACUUUGGCAUGGACCAUAAUGUGGAUCAGACCGGCAAGGCUGUCAUCAUCAACAAGACAGGCAACACACGGAUCCCAGAACAAAGGUUCUCUGAACACAUCAAGGAUGAACGUAACAUGGACUUCCAGAAGAAAUUCAUUCUUAAGAGAGAUGAUGCCAGCAUGGACAAGGAUGAUAAUCAGAUCCGUGUGCCGCUGCAGGACGGGCGACGUAGCAAGUCCAUUGAAGAACGAGAAGAGGAGUAUCAGCGGGUACGAGACCGGAUCUUUGCCCGGGAAGUGUCCUUUUUUUUACAGUCUUCUCAAAAUGGAUACAUCAAUGACAACAGUCCUGUAACCCCAGCAUUUUCUCCUAAUGUUAACCCCAACAGACUUUCCACUGAGGGCUACUGCUCUAGCUCUCAAAAGAGGAGGCAGAUCUUUAGAGGAAACCGUGAGAGCUCCAGCCGGGCGUCUAGCAGUCGUCAAAGCAGCACAGACAGUGACAUGAAGUGCCUGGAGCCACGUCCCUGGAGCAGCACCGACUCAGACAGCUCCAACCGCACCCUCCGGCCGCCCGUCACAAAGGCUAGCAGCUUCUCUGGCAUCUCCAUUCUUACCAGGGGGGAUAGCCUUGGCAGCAACAAAGGCUCACAGGGAAGCUGCAAAGGCUCUCGCUCUGGCCUGCCCCUAGUCAGUCCUGAUGUGUGUCCUCCACCUGCAGCCUCCCAGUCUAGCCGUAGCCUACUCCCCUGCCCGUCACAACAACCACAGCCCCAGGUUCCGCCUCAGACUGCCCUGCUGCCUACCCCACAACAACACCCCAUGGGAAACCACAUGAUUGCUCAGCCGGUGGCAUCUCUGCAGCCCUCUCAGCCUGUCUCCUACUCCAGUCCUUCCUGCCCACAGGUUCUCCUGCCAGUUUCUCCUCCCCAGCAGUACACAAUGGGAGAAGAGCUGGCGCCCCAAUUCAGCCAGAUGACACUGAGUCGGCAGGGCUCCAGUGAGAAUCCUGAGCCUCCACCUAUGUAUCAGGCUCCUCCCACAGUCUUGUCCCAGCACCCCCCUCCUCAGACCGGCUACAUCAUGGCUACCACGGGUCAACCCAUGCCGCCUCCUUCUGGCUACCAGCCUGCAGCUGGACACCCACAUCCUCCUCCUCCACCACCACCUCCAUCCCAGCCCGUCAUGCAGGCCCCACCACCCCCACAAGGCUACAUGCAGCCCCCUCCACCUCAACAGAUACAGGUGUCAUACUACCCUCCUGGUCAGUAUCCCAGCUCAGGCCAGCAGUACCGAGUGACCCAGCCCAUGUCCCACCAGGUGUCUUAUCCUGCCCAGCGCACUCAACCCAUGCCUCAGCCCACACAGCAGUCAGGUAUCCAGACCAUGAUGCCCAGCCAGCCACCAAGCUAUCAGGGCAUGAUAGGUGUGCAGCAGCCCCAAAACCCUGGUCUGCUCAAUUCCCAGAGGGCAGGCAUGGGAGGACAAAUGCAGAGCAUUAUGGUUCAGUACCCACAGAUGCCAUCAUAUCAGGUACCAGUGGGAAAUGAAAAUCAGCAGGUGGUGCAGCAGCAGUACCAGCAACAGGUGAUGGUGCCAGUCAGUCAGUCUGUUCAAGGACCCAUGCCUGUCUACUACAGUGUUAUCACUCCCACACAGCAGAAUAGCACAAGUCCAUCAGUAGGCUACCUGCAGCCCCCCACCUCUGAGCAGUAUCAAAUCACACAGUCGCCGUCUCCUUGCAACCCUCAACAGUUGCAGCAGCAAUAUCCAGGAGUACCACCUCCUGGACCUGGGGUGAUGGUCAUGCAGCUCAGCGUCCCCAAUGGACCACAGCCUUCCCAGAACCCUCCUCUGGUCCAGUGGAACCCAUGCAAGUACUACAGCAUAGAGCAGAGGCCCAGCAAGCCAGGAGAGCUCUACAAACCGGACAACACUCCACAGGCCAGUAACCAGCUGACGAGUCCCCUGGCCUCCCCAACUCAGUCUCCCACCCCGUCUCCCUCUGGCAGCGUCAGCAGCGUCUGUCCAGGCUUGGGACCACUACCACUCAUUUCCCAGUUUCCCCGGCCAGGAGGACCAGCUCAAGGUGACGGGCGCUACUCUUUGUUGGGACAACCUCUCCAGUACAGCCUGUGUCCUCCCCUGAUGCAUGGCCAGUCCUACAGCUCCCAUCAGAACCAAGGAGUAAUGAAACACGGGGCACGAGGCAAAAAACAAACACUCAAAUCAGCAUCAACAGAUCUCGGCACCACUGAUGUUGUGGUGAGUCGAGUACUCGAGGUUACGGACCUGCCAGAGGGGAUCUCACGUCCAGAGGCUGAAAAGCUCUUCAACCAGCUGUCGAUGUGCGGUGCCAAGAUCCAGUGGCUGAAGGAGCCCCAGGGUGGCCGAGGAGGAGCAGGAGGCUGUGGCCCUUGUCCCGGUGCAGGGCCUGCUGGGCUGGGAGCCGCCGCUGGGCUCGGGGCCAGCCUGGGAGCUGGAGGAGCGAAGGGGGACGGCAACGACCCGGCUCACCUCUACACAGUGGUGGCAGUGUUCCCCAGCACCAUGGCUGCCCAGAGUGCUUCCUUCAAACUUAACAACAGCGGGGCCGGCCUCUUCAAACUGAAGGCCGCCAAAAAAAACUAUGACCUGCGUGUGCUGGAGAGAGCCAGUUCUCAGUGAAAGGAAAAGAGAGGGGGAGGAAAGAAAAAGAGAGAGACUCAUGGUGGAGUGGUGGAAAAAGGAAGGAGGACUGAGGGGGACUGCUUUUAGUGUACAAUUUAAAAACAAAACAACAAAAAAUAUACUUGAGUUAAAUGAUGUGUCAAAUGUAUAAAAGGGAAGAAGGUGUAAAUCAUGAGGUGACAGGCAUUUGGUUGCAAAUAUGAUUUUGUUUGUUUUUAUUAAUUGUUUUCUUUUGUAUUUAUAUAGCAGACAAGCACACAAGACACGCGAAGCAUGUGUUUCACUGUUGCCGUGGAAUGUGUGCUGCCAAUAUACAAAAACACAUGCAAUGCCACACAAACACACCAGGAGACACACAUACGCAGGCAACAGGGUCACGUAGCACAUAACAAAAACACACUGGACAGUCGACCUCAGUCAAACCUUUUCCUCCUCUUCCUCCUCCCCCCGCUCUCCAACCCUUUCUCCUUUACUCCUUUUACUGCCAACGCGUUCUCUCUUUCCUCAACUCUACGUCACCCAGUUGUCUCUUAAUCUUACAUAUUUAUAAAUUUUCAUACGCACAGUUACGCACUCUCUGCUUUACCGCACCGCUCCCGGCUCUUUUUUCUUGCCAUGUCUCAUACUGCCUCCUAUCUCUCUGCUCCUCUGUUUCUCUCAUGUACUCUCACUGCUCUCUUCUCUCUUGCUUUCUGUUUGCCUUACUGCUGUUGUGGGUUUCUGUAUUGCGCUUUUUUUUUUUCUUCUUCUCAGAAGGUUUUUUUCUUUUUUGGGAUUCAAUAUAUUUAUAUAAGUGAUGUAAGGAAUAAAAGAAAUCUAUAUAUUCAGUGAUUUUUUUUUUUCUUUUCCCCGAGUGAAAACAUUUAGGUCUUCCUUUAUCCUUUACUCCUCCCCUCUUCAUCCCCUCUCCUCCUCUUUCCUACAUUUGUUUCCUCCUUUCUGCCCUCUACCUCACUUCUUUGGUCCUCUCCUCUUUCCCACAACUGUCCCACAUCCACCCCGACGCCCCGUUGUGUUUGCGUUUUUGUUGACAGCUGUGCAGAACGUAUCAGAAGAAGUAGUUAAAGUGCACAAUGAUUGCAUAUGUCUACUGUAAAUUUUAUUUAAUCUGUUAUUUUUUUGUUUGUUUUUAAAAAUAUAAAAGUCGAGAAAAAAUCUUUCAAAACA